CUUAUAUAGUUAGGGUUUGAAUUAAAUGUACAUAAAGGACUGUUUUUAAUCAGCGUACCUAAUCAAGCAUUCAACGCUAUUAUUAUUAUUAUUAUUAUUAUUAUUUAUAAUACCAUAGCAUGAUCUAGUUACAGAAUUUCAGUUCUCUUUAUCACUAUAUACUCACUUUUUAGCUCCAUUUUUCUUAAUUAAAGUCUUAAUCAAUUUGUAGCUUAUGAUGCGUAUCACGUAUUUUUACAGAAACUUCAAGUAAUGGAAGAGGUCAGCCAGGAGAUAUUUUCUUGGGGGAUCUCAUUUUCAGAGCUUUACAUUUACGAUUGUCAUAACUUAUAUGAUAAUUUGAAUUUUAUUUCUUUUUCGAGAUGGAUAUGAUUCAGUGGACAAGUUUUAAGUCUCCUCCGCAUUCACACUUACUCAUUGUACCUAUGUCGACCACUAGCUAAUUUAAUUAUUCAUUUAUUUAUUGAUAUAACUCAUUUUUGAUUGUAUUUGCAGGAUAUAACAAGAGUAACUCACUUUAGUCUUUAGCUACAUCCUGAUAUGUUUAGACGUUUUAGCCUGAUAAUUUGUAGGUGACUUUAGAUAGAAUUUUUCCCAAUUACGAUUGCUUGUCCCUUAACAGUUAGUUGGAAAAAGAGGUUGACGAAAUCAGGCACCGAUGUUACAGAGUCCUUUGGCCAAAAAAAGUAACACGUACUUUUGAAAUUGGUGCACUAAAACAGUACUUUUCUGCAAUCUUGAGUACUGGUCUUUUCGAUGCUGGACACAUCAACAGAGAUAAGUUUUAAGAAGGCUUCCCAACUUACACCAGGCUACGAAUUUUCAAGUCAAUAAGGUUAAAUGACACAUGUUGCUUUGUAGUAGUAACUGCUUUUGAAAAGCUAGUAUUUAAUGAAUCUAAACUAGUCGGAACCUACAACAAAAAUGAACUGCUGAACAAGUUAGUGAAUGAAAAUAUGGAAAACAUAAGAAAAGUACAUUAAUAUUAGGUGAUAUAAAUCAAAGUUAUCCCCACUAACUCAAAAUUCUCUGGAGAUUAUACUAUUUAAUUAUGUUUUCAACUUUUAUCACGAUUAUCUGCGAUAAAAUAAAAGUGGGUUUUCGAACACCGAUGGUUAGUAUUUUUUAAAGUCAUAUAAUUGUGCUAUAAAAAUAUCUGGACAAUAUUGUUGUUUAUGGUUAUGCUGCAAAUAGAUUUAUUGUUGUUAUCUGAAAUGUGACUUUCUGAAUCAUACCUUGUAGUUCAGUUUAUGAAAAAUACAAUACGGAACAUAAUAACAUUUAAUUAUUUACUUUGUAGAUAAUUGUGUUUUUCUAGAUUUUUUUUCAUUUCUGUUGUGCCAUUUGAAAGCCCACACGUCUCAUUACAUCUCAUAAUUAUAAAAUAUUCCGACAGUUGAGGUCAAUCAGUUCUUUAUAAGUUCUGUAACUCAACAUUACACUAAUGAUAAAUAAAUGAUAAUGUUCAAUGAGAAACUUUUGAAAUCCAGUUGUCAUUUUGUAAAUUUUAUGAGACAGUCUUCAGUCUCACGGGUUUGGUGAAUAUGUUUAAACUUUUAACCCACUUUGGAACUAUCCUCUUCUUUGAGUACAUUGUUAUAAACGUUUUUUUUCAGAUUUAGAUCUUACAUGUUCAAAAGUUAAAUUUUCCAUAUCGAAUGUCACAAAUGAUCAAAAGUCCAAAAAUUCUGAAUCAGAAUUAGAACAGGUUUUCACCUAUAAUGAUGAUCUGAAUUUAGAUUCAAUGUCUCAAUCUGGUGCACUUGAAUUAGGUGAAAGUCCUAUAUUUUACAAUCGGAAAACGGCAUCACCUAUAUUUUCACCUUCCCAACCACCUAGUCCAAAUUGUAAACAUCGUUCCACUAAUUUACGUCGGGCACGCUCUCUUGCAGAUACAUCUCGUAAACUUCAAUUAAACUAUGACGAUGUAAAUGAUGUGAUAAAAGACAUUGGUAAUAAAAAUAACAAAGGAGAACCUUGUGAUUUUGUUAAAGAUGUUAAUUUUACCAAAAGUGAAUUAGAAGAAAUGAUAAAAUUUGCUGAAAAAGAUUUAGCUAAUUUAUUAAAUUUAACCGAUACCAGUAUCCUGCAUGAACAUGUUUCACUUACCACUGUUUCAUCUGAUUUUAUACUUUCAAGAGAAUGUGAAAUGCAAUUAGAAAUGUAUUAUGUAAUAUUUGGAGAAUUGAGAGCUUUCCAAUCAACUAAUGAUGGACCUAAUAAUAAUGUAAUGAUUGUUUUUGAAAUAAUGUUUGCUUUUAUAAAUUGAGGAUUAUUUAAUUUUUAAUAUUUCUUUUCUCAUAUGUUAUUUCGAUAGUUAAUUUCACUUACACUUAUAACCUAUACGUUAUUCGUUUUUUUUGGUAUAUCCUUAUUAGUUAUGUGGAUAAGAUACUUAUAUUUCAAUGGGACAACGGUUUGGUAAACCAGAUUAGUAUUACUGGUUUUCAGAUAUAAAGGUGUUUUAUCAUUUAGAUUCAUAAUUCACAUGUCUGUGCAAGUAGUACACCAGAUCGCAUAACGUACUACAGUUUAUAAUUUACACUAGGUAUAUAAUUAGGUUUUGUUACAAAUCAAUGUGUAAGUCACAUAUUGUUAACUAUUCUUCAAUGGGUAAGCGGUGUAACAAUAAGUAAUAGGUCGAAAGGCAACUUUCAAAUUAAACUAUGUAAAGAAUAUGUCGUAUAAUAACUUUACUAAAUACUCAUUGAAAGUAGACAAGUUAAUCGAAUAAAGAGUAUGACUAACGAAGUUUCAUAUGUUACUUUUCACACUCUAACAACUAAUCAAUCAUUGAGCAUUGACCAAUGUCGCGUUAGUUUGGUCCUUUUAGUGUUCAUUGAACUCUGUCGAUCAAGUUACCAUGUGGCAAGAGUUUCUGACCAACUACCUUAAUCUAACUGACAUUUUCAAGAAAGUAUGCAGUGUUUAAUCGCCUAGAUUACUGGCUAUGCUACAUCUAGCCCCCAGAUGCCGAGGGUGGGGAGAGUCAGCUCUUUCUCUCGAAAUGCUCUCACAUGGCCACGUGCAUACAAUCACUGCCAAGGAAGUUCUACUCACUGCCCUCUCGCAGCUAGGGUGUUGUUUACGAAAGUGAAAGGACAAAACGCGAAUGUCCGGCGCUUUAACCGGGUUGAUGGAUAUGGGGGAUCCAUCUAGAGGAGUUGAAAAACCCUAAUUCCAAACCAAUGGUGUACAUGGUCUCCAGUAUCCUGAAGGAACAAACGGCGUAUGAACCAAUUGUUGGUCACCGGCUACUGUGUGACUGAAUCUUCUCACGUUGUUCCACUGCCUUGUGGGUCAGACCUCUAGGUCAAAGGCUUAGGGAGUGGCCCUCCUAAGAAAACCACCUGCUUCGGCCUGGGAACCGGGGCAGUAUCCUAGCCCUUACACAAAUCGAUUGAUAAAGUGUGGCGCAUAUAUUUGGUGCCUCGUGCCAAUGUUUAUGUGUUUAAAUAAAUAAGUAAAUAAAUUGGUCAAUAGAAUUCGACCAACAUUGAAACGACCGGAUAAACCUGAAACUACUAACUACUCAAUGAUCAGCCAAUUGUAAGUAACUGUUGUACAGAAAGUUGUUCGCGGCUCAAAUACCUCAGUGGGCACUGUCUCAGAAUAUGAAGCUAGGUGACAUGGAAUAUAAGCCGCUAGUGGGUACCAGUUCCUUAAGAGUACUGGUAAAUCUUAGUAGCGAGUGCCAAAUAGUACAAAACCUAGGUUCAGAGUUUCCUAUCAGCUGCUUUCAACUACUUAAUAUUUUCUCACUAUCAAACAAACAUACAUAGCAGAAGUAGUCUUGAUAAAAGUUACCCAUGUAAAUCUAAAUGUAAUUCGACAUAAUUCUCCAUUUAACUGGCAUCAAUAAAUGCAAACCCAUUAAUGAAUGAUAAAACCAUCAAAAUAUAUCAAGUAUGAAAUAAAUGAUUAUUUGAAGUAUAGUAGCGAAAUGUAGUUUUCAGUUUUAAAUAUGUAUAAUUGUUGCUUAGGAAAAAGAUUUCUGUGCCAAAAAUCCGAGCGUAUUACUACUGCCUUGAUUGGUGAUAAAAUAAUAUUUGAAUCGCCAAGAAAUCACGGAACUGGAAAUGUUUUUUACUCGCCAUAGAUAUGUAUAGAUGUCUUUAAAAGUAUUCGAUUAAACUAAUCAGAGUAUGGUAUUCAUCUUUCACUCCAUACAAUGUAUCAGCAUUCCUGUGGUUUUGUGAUUUAUAUGAAGAACAAGUUAAGAUAUUUUUUUAUUGAGUUAUCAUUCCUUUUUACAUGAUUUUUCUUCCUUUCAGUUAAUACAACUUAUUCAAGUACAAGUUUCUAAACCUACCUUGCAGUCAUACUUUUCCAUUUUUAAGGUAGUAACCCUACCCGGUUUCCCAAGUAUAAUGGUUAGACGUUCAAGUUGUUCUAUAUGUGUUUAUAUUGGGGCGAAUGGUCAUUUUCUCUGACUAGCAUACAAAAUUUGUCGAUUAAAUCUGUGUUUGAUAGAUUUAUUUUCAUAACUAAAUUAUUGAUAAGUUCUCAUGAAAUGUAAACCUUGCAAGUACCUUCCUAAAUAAGAAUUAUAAUUCCAAACUUUAGGAGCCUUAAUGUUCCACCAGGUAUUAUGAUUUUAUUAUUUUCAUCCGCUCUUUUACUUACCAUUUUAUGAACGGUUUAUACGAAAUUGAACUGAUUCUAGCUGUCUGUGUUUCCUGUGAAUUAAUUUGUAAUAAAUGCGUGAGUAUGAAAAUCAUCUUAGUUAAUUUAUAAAAGACGAAAAGCAAUUUUAAUUAUUUUUAUUUUCAGUUAUACAGUUUUGAAUGAACUGUAUUCAAAUACUUGGAACCGUAGUUCAAACCUCACUUCACUUUUGUUUAUUUAGUCAAGUAAUAUCAUACUAUCCAUCAAACAAGCAGCAUAACUUAAAGCCAAUUACAGAAAAAGCAGCUUUGUUAAACCCUUUUUUUUAACUAGACAGAUUCGUAACUUUUAGCACUAAAUUGAGAUAAUCAAUUGAUGUUCGCCUUACGAAAUGCCAGCAAUAGCAAUGUAAUAUCUGAUCAACCUACGUAAGGCUCCCAAUAUCUCAGUGAGACGUGUUCAGUUCCUAAAUUUGAAGUCUUUUCAUAUAAUUGAAUCACAAAUAGCUUGAUAAAUUUCAUGUCACCACAUUCAUAUGGUUCGAGAAAUUCAAGUACAGAUGUUUAUUUUGGCAGACUAGGCUGAACCACUUUAAUGAUGUACAACUAAUGUAUUCACCAUAUAUAGUAAAGAACAACUUAGUUAUGUUUUAAUUCACUUUUCAUCUACUAUGCAUUCAAAACAAACGAUUUAAAUAACUAAUGCUAUCACUGACAGCUACCAUUAUAAUACGAUGUGUAUUAUUGCAGAGUGGGGGUGUAUUUGGAUUAAUAUCAAGGAUUGCCCACUGAGAAUCCAGACAUUUUAGAAUAUAAACCGAAGUUCUACGUCUAGUGCGAAAACUUUCUGGUUAAAAUCCAACUAGAAGCAAUGCAAUUUAUGACGUUAGGUAUUAAUCGCUGGAACAUUCCCAUUAUAUUAAAACAAUUGUAUGGACGAAGAAUAUUCUUCUCAAUAAUUUCUCAUCAGGUUCUACAAUUAUAAAUCCAAAUUAAUAAUCCAUAAAAUUGGCCAGAUUUAAGACAGAGUACAUCAUUUGGAAAUUGUAAUAUGUGAAUUGAGAAUUGUUGUUUGCUAUAUAAAAUCAAUUCAGAUCAUUUAUCGCACAAUUGCAUUUCGCUUAUAAACUGAUUCAAGUUAACACUUUAUACUAAACAGCCCCAACAUUAACGAUCUGAAUUGAUUUUAUAUAACAAACAGCAAUUCUUAAUUCACAUAUUACAAUUUCCAAAUGAUGUACUCUGUCUUAAAUCUGGCCAAUUUUGUGACGUUAGAUAUCUUUGUUAUUCCCUUAGUUCUUUAAGAGAUAUAUUCAUUGUAGUUUGUUUCAACCAACUAUGUACCAUGUUUUUAAAAUAUCGUUAAUCUUCACGUGUUUAAAAAUUAUCAAUUCAGUUAUUGCUUGGAUUAUUGCUCAGGUCAUUACAAUGUUUAAAUGUGGACCGGGAAAAGCAGUUGGACUUUUGGGACUGAUAACCGGUGAACCAAAUAUUUAUGGCGUACAAGCUACGACAAAAACUAUUGUAGCUGUUUUAUCCCGUGAGACAUUUUACUCUGUAGUUCGUCAAUAUCCUAAGGCUUUGUUCAGUGUUACUCAUAUUAUUUCUUCUCAUUUAUCACCGUUAUUUCAUCAACUUGAUUUUGCCAUAGAAUGGUUGUCUGUUAAAUCAGGAAAGGCUUUAUAUAAGAAAGGAGAAAUCGCAAAUCAUGUAUAUGUUGUUUUAAGUGGUCGAUUAAGACAAGUCGACAAUAUGCCUGAUGGAGGUCAUCGUAUAGUCAGUGAGUUGGGGCGUGGUGAUCUCGUUGGUUUUCUUGAAGUCAUUAGUCAGCAAACACGAAUAUCUACAGUUAUGGCGAUUAGAGAUUCAGAAUUGGCUCAAAUUCCUUCACAUUUACUUCAUCAUCUUAAGAAUAAAUUUCCACAAGUUUUAACUCGUAUUAUUCAAUUAUUAUCGGAUAAAUUAUUGGGUAAUUUAACAACUAGUUCUAGUACGGCUAGUCAAUUGGGUAUGCCACUUCUACAUAUGACUAGUACAAAUUCUUUACUUACUGGUGGAUUAGGUUAUACAACUGGUGAGAAUUCCAAAUUGGAUGUUUUAUAUAGUCCAUUGAAUAGUGGUGUUAUGACUAAUCUACGUACAAUCGCUGUAUUACCUACUACAACUGACAUUAAUGCUGAGGCAUUCACUUUGGAAUUACAACAUUCUAUGAGUUCGAUGGGAUCAUCUGUUCGUCUUACUUCAGAUAUCGUACUGAAACGUUUAGGUUCAUGCGCAUUCGAUAGCGUUAGCCAGUAUAGACUUAGUACUUGGUUAAGUCAUCAAGAAGACUCACAUCGUAUUGUUUUCUUUGUUUGUGACUGUCAGCGAGUUUCAGCCUGGAAUCGUAUAUGCAUUCGUCAAGCUGAUUGCAUUUUGGUUUUAGCUUUGCAUUCUUCUGAUCCAGCGCGUCCCUCACCAAUAGAGAUGGCAUUAAAAAAUGACCCAACGAAGGUUGCCAAAGUGCUUAUUCUUAUGUAUCCUUUAGAUACAGAUUAUACAGAAUCCGGUAAAACUGCAGUAUGGUUAAAUGCUCGACCAUGGAUUAGUCAACAUUAUCAUAUACGUUGUGAACCUCGUGUAUUUAUACCUCGUUCAAAGUUGAAUCUCAUCAAUUUUUAUGCUCAAGUAUUUGCUCGUGAAAAACCUAAUCCACUAUCUGAUUUCUCUCGUCUUGCUCGUUACAUAGUAGGCGAAGCUGUUGGUCUUGUUCUAGGCGGUGGAGGAGCAAGAGGCUGUUCACAUGUUGGACUGAUACGUGCUUUUCAAGAAGCUGGGAUUCCAAUUGAUUUAGUUGGUGGUACAAGUAUUGGCUCUUUUAUGGGUGCUUUAUGGGCUGAUGAAACUCGUGUUGCACAGUUUACUCAAAGAGCUAGAAAUUUCACUAACUGUUUCAAUUCUAUAUGGAAAAAAAUAAAAGACUUCACUUAUCCUGCAGUGUCGAUUUUUUCUGGUAAAGAACUUAAUCGUCAACUUCAAUCGACAUUUCAUGACCGUCAAAUUGAAGAUUUUUGGCUUCCUUUCUUUUGUGUAACAACAGAUAUAACAAAUUGUAAAAUGCGUAUUCAUACACAAGGAUCGUCUUGGAGAUAUGUACGUGCAAGCAUGUCAUUAUCUGGUUAUUUGCCACCAUUAUGUGAUCCUUACGAUGGAAGUUUAUUGUUGGAUGGUGGGUAUACUAACAAUCUACCAGCUGAUGUGAUGGUAUGUUUCGGUGCGAAAACGAUCUUUGCUAGUGAUGUUGGUGCUGCUGUAGAGACAGAGCUUACAAAUUAUGGUGAUCAUUUAUCUGGUUGGUAUUUGUUAUACAAUCGAUAUUUCAGAAUCGGCACUCCUGUACUACGUAUCCCAAGUCUAACAGAAAUUCAGGCUCGUCUAGCUUAUAUUUCUUGUGUACGACAAUUGGAAUAUAUAAAGGCCAGUGGUAUAUGUUUUUAUCUUCGACCACCGGUUGAUAAGUAUCUAACUCUUCAAUUCUCUGCGUUUGAUGAAAUAGCUAAUGUUGGCUAUGAUUACAUUAAAUAUAUACUUAAUAUUUGGCACGAAGAAGGUCGUUUACAAAAUCUCAUACCAGGUGUGAAACUACAUAUUUCCUCUUUGACUGAAAUAUCUACAUGUGAGAUAGAUCCGUCAACUACUCAGUUAACUCCAGUUCAUUCAACAGCAACUCAUAACUGGUUAACUCAGAGUUUUAGUGAUCAGCCCACAUUCAUUGAUCUAGCUGAAUGUGUAGCUAAGACAUCCAAAGGUGUGAAUUCUUCAGGUUCUGAUAAGUACCAUAGAACAGAUGGUACCAAUGUACAAAAUUUCCCUCAGUUACCUGAUAUAGCUAGUAAAAUUACUAUAACUGAUAUUCCUACCUAUACCGAUCCUACUGUUUCCAGUGAUAGCAGUAUAACUGCUGUAAGGAAAUUUCCGAAAUCUACACACACCGUUGUUUCAGAUUCAACAUCACGAUAUUUUGAUACUGAUCACUGUUUACAGUCUGGAUCCAGUUCGAAAAUUUCAUCUUCAAAUGAACAACAUCGCAAGGAAGAACAAAAGCAUAUUUUCGACUUUUUGAAGAAUAAUCUGUCUUCCAAGAGUAGACGACGUUUUCUAAGUGAUUGUUACGAUUCAUCUUUAAAUGUCGGUAGCAGUUAUUCAUACCGAAAUUCAGACGUCUUAUGUAAUGUAAAUCGUGCUCCAAUCCUAAACAAUUUGAUUAUAAGUGGUGUCCAUCCUAAUCAUUUACGGAAAUAUAAAUCUGAUUAUGGUCUACAAGCGUAUGACAACAGUCAAACAGGGAAUUUAAUGAUGAAUAGUGAUCUCGACCCAGUAGUUAAUGCAUCUGAAAAAUCUGCACACGUUACUAAAUACAGUCUGUCUUCCUUUAGAUCUUUGGAAGAUGAUGGUUAUUUAGAAGAUGAUGAAAGUUCCACAGACUGUGCACAUUCUCCAGUUACAGCAUCUGAUCCCGAAUUAAGACAUGAUGUUUACCCCGAAUCCAGUAAUGCAGAAGACAGGGUUUUGCGCCAGAGAUCAUCUUCUAUCUAUGGACUUCCACAUUAUUUGUUACAUACAGAAGUGUCAAACAAGAGAUGUGAUUCACCGAAUUCUGAUAAUAAUGUGAAAAAUCCAUCCACCAUAAAAGGUCAACAAGGAAGUAAUGAUGCGAAUGUGCUUAUGAACAACCCAUUGCUUAAGUUAGAUAUGACAUCUGUACGUAAUCGGACGAAGCCAAAUCGCAAAAGACAUCACCGUUCAUCAUUAGAUCGAUUACGGACUGAUCGUGAUCGAGGGGCAGCAAACUCGCUUGUUAACCUGCCAUAAUGACAAGUUAAAUGAUUACAUUGAAUUGAUAAAUAAUAUGUGCUUCUGUAUGUACAUAUUCGUAAAAUUGUGAUAUUUCAUUUAUCAAUUACGUCUACGUAUAUGAAGACAUCUUUGCUUUUAUAUUUUAUUUCUUCUUACUUACAAAUACUCACUCACUCAUUCACUUUCAUCCUAAAACAAGGAGAUUCUUUAAGCUAAUAUACAUAUAUAUUUCAUAAGUAAAGAGCAAAAUCACUUCACAUUUUCCCACGUGAUAAAUAUUUGAAAACAGAUGUUAUAUUUCAUGUUUACUAUAUACAUUACCUACAACGAUUU